CAGGCUGUAACACUCCUUUACAGUGAAUCUGACUAUAAAACAAAGAGGAACUAGGAACACUUCUCCGUGUGCAUUCAGCUGUGUUGUGGAUUUCUGGAAACAAUUGUCAUAAGACUGGGACAGACACAAUCAGGAUUUGAAAAGAAAAAAAAAGAAGAAGAAAACAUGACUAAACACAGCCCAACUGCAGAGUAUGAAGACAUCCUGGAAUUGUCAUCUAAUUACACCUACAGUGAUUACAGUGACUACUAUGAUACUGAAGUGGCUGAGGCGCUCCAAAGAGAAACUUUGCACAUAGUCUCAAUUGUUGUUUACACCAUCUCUUUCGUGUUUGGCCUCAUUGGGAAUGGACUCGUGAUUUGGGUCACGGCUUUUAAGAUUCAAAUAUCAUUCAAAACAGUCUGGUUCCUGAAUCUGGCCAUUGCAGACUUUGUUUUUGUGCUCUUACUCCCCCUGUCCAUUGAUUAUGUGUUUAAGAACUUCCAUUGGAAUUUCGGAAGGUCGUUCUGCAAGAUCACUUCAUUUGUUUCUCUUCUGAACAUGUUUGCCAGUGUGGGCUUCCUAACUGUCAUCAGCUUGGACCGCUAUGUAUCUCUGGUUCACCUCACUUGGUCCCAGUAUAGGUCACCAUUAAAUGCAUUCAAAUUGAGCUUGGGAGUCUGGGUCAUGGCAGGAGCCCUCAGUUCCCCCAGUCUAUAUUUUAGAGACACUGUCCACGUAGGUGACAGAGUUAUGUGCUUCAGCAAUUUCCAUGAGAGCGACAGGAGCAUGGCUCAACUGAGGCACAUCAUUUUAGUGUGUGUCCGCUUCGUCUGCGGAUUUCUUCUUCCCUUCAUCACAAUGGUGGUGACAUUCAUCCUGAUGGUGCGGAAGGUGAGGUACAGAGGCCUGCCAAUGCUUUCCAACUUUUCCAAAACCAUCUCUGCUGUGAUCAUUGCCUUUUUCAUCUGCUGGACCCCAUACCACGUGUUCAGUUUGAUGGAACUGUCAGUCCACAGCCAUGGGAGCCCGAUGCUGCAUUAUAUACUCCAAACUGGCUUCCCUCUGGUAACCAGCCUGGCAUUCUUCAAUAGCUGUCUAAACCCCAUACUCUAUGUGCUCAUGGGUAAGAAGGUCAAGGCUGUUAUUGGGAAGUCCUUUUCAGUUGUCAUGAAGAAUGCCUUAAGAGACAGAAGCCAAUCAGGAACUGAUACAGAGGCCCUGCCAAACAGCUUCUGCACAGAGACAGAAGGAGAGUGUAUCAGAUUUUCUUCAGUAUAAAGUGAGCAGCAUAACAAGCAUUGAGACGGUGUUGGGAGACAUGGCAUGAGAGUGUGAUAACUGUCCCAACAUUGUUGGUGCGUACUUUAAUACACUUUUUAUUAAAUAGCCAAAUUAAAUAUUUACAGUAACUUAGUUGUAUUGUAGUUUUAUAUAACAAUGUAAUGCUAACAGAAGUAUACUUUUUGUUUUGAUUCUCAUUAAGCAGUAGGUAGGGAGGCAUUUAAAUGUCAUGUUUGAUAUUAUUUUGUCUGCUUGUUCACCACUCCCCCCACCCAAGCUGCUGUGGGAUGUUUUUGCCCCCAGACAGAAAAAUCACAUGACUAAAUUUUGCUAAGUUUAUUUUUUUAUAUAUAUUAAGUAUGUAUAUGGUUGCUAUUUACUGUGGAUUUAACCUUUUUAUUCAGCAAUGGACUGUGUGGUAUUGAAUUGAUUGCGUACUACUAGGGAAUACUUUAGACAUCUUCAUCUGUUCUUGUAACUAAAGUAACCAUGAGUAUAUGAAGCUUUACAAUCUAAUACAUAAUGUACUGAAUAUUCAUUUUAAUUAAAAAAAACAUUUCGAUUUGCAA